AAGAAACCCAUUGGUUGUCAGUUGCUCCACUGAUAAGACAUUUCUGUUUUAUCUCUGAAAAAACCUGCUAUAAACGGGGGCGCACAAAACCCAAACAUAAGUUCUGAUCAUGACAUGGUCUUGUUUACAACCUUUGUAAAGCAGAGAAUAAUAAACAGUCUUAGACCAUCAGCUCUGGACCAGCAGUCCUUGUUCAGGAGCUCUUGAAGCCGGUUUGGCCACUCCUCGGGCAUUCUCUUUGAGGACAUUAUUUUGAACUGCUAAGCUAGAUACAGGCACUGCAUGAAAGAGACAAACAAGAAGGAUUCUUCUAAAUCAAAGCAUCAUGGAGCAUAGCUCAAGGCCAGGGGUGAAGUUAAACCGCAUGAAUGGUGCCCUAGUACAGGCCAGACCUAAACCCCAGGCAAGAGAGCAGUGGGCUAAUAAGCUGGAGUUUCUCUUGGCGGUGGCAGGGCACAUCAUUGGCCUGGGAAAUGUGUGGAGGUUUCCUUACUUGUGCUACAAGAAUGGAGGGGGGGCAUUUUUUGUGCCUUAUGUGCUGUUUCUCUUCACCUGUGGGAUUCCACUUUUCUUUUUGGAGACCUCACUGGGUCAGUUCACCAGUCAGGGUGGAAUAACGUGCUGGAGGAAGAUCUGUCCACUAUUUGAAGGUCUCGGUUAUGGUAGCCAAGUCGUUGUCCUCUAUACUGGAGUCUAUUACAUUAUAAUUCUUGCUUGGGCUUUCCUUUACCUCUUUUCAUCCUUCAGCUCAGAGCUGCCAUGGGCGAGCUGCAACAACUACUGGAACACAGAGAACUGCAAAGAGUUGAGAAAAAGCAACAUUACUGAAUAUUCUCCAGAGAAAAGCACAUCUCCUGUUAUUGAGUUUUGGGAGAGAAGAAUUUUGGGCUUGUCUGAGGGAAUAGAACAGAUUGGUAAUGUUAGAUGGGACUUGGCACUCUGCCUUCUGCUGGCCUGGAUCAUCUGCUACUUCUGUGUGUGGAAGGGAGUGAAGUCCACAGGCAAGGUGGUCUACUUCACUGCGACUUUUCCCUAUUUAAUGUUGGUAGUGCUGCUGGUCCGUGGAGUUACUCUUCCUGGAGCAAAGAAUGGCAUAAUUUUCUACCUCUACCCUGAUCCAACACGUCUCACAGACCCACAGGUGUGGAUGGACGCAGGUAGUCAGAUAUUUUACUCCUAUGGUGUUUGUACAGGAGUACUGACUGCUUUGGGAAGCUACAACAAAUAUGACAACAACUGCUAUAGAGACUGUGUAUACUUGUGUCUGCUCAACAGCUUAACUAGCUUUGUGGCUGGUUUUGCUAUAUUUUCGGUCCUGGGCUUCAUGGCAGAUGAGCAGGGAAUGGAUAUUUCAAUGGUUGCAGAGUCAGGUCCUGGUUUGGCAUUCAUUGCUUACCCCCGUGCUGUAGCUUUGAUGCCCCUGCCUCAGUUAUGGGCAAUCUUCUUCUUUAUCAUGAUCAUAUUCCUGGGACUGGAUAGUGAGUUUGUGUAUCAUGAAGCCCUGGUAACGGCUAUCUCGGAUAUGUAUCCCUCCUUCUUUCAAACUGGACAUCGGCGUAAAUUUCUUCUCCUCUUCAUAAGUGCUGCCAGCUUCCUUGUUGGUCUGCUAAUGGUAACCGAGGGUGGCCUGUAUGUCUUCCAGCUUUUUGACUAUUACGCCUGUAGUGGAAUGACUCUUCUUACUUUUGCUAUCCUUCAGUCCAUCUGUGUUGGAUGGGUAUAUGGUGCAGAUCGCCUCUAUGAUAGCAUUGAGGAUAUGAUUGGAUAUCGGCCCUGGCCCUUCAUGAAGUGCUGCUGGAAAUAUCUAACACCAACUAUAUGCACAGGAACAUUUAUCUUCUCCUUGGUUAAAUACACUCCUCUGAAGUUCAACAAUGUGUAUGAGUAUCCCUGGUGGGGUUAUGCAAUUGGUGGCUUCUUCACCCUUUCCUCCACUCUACUAGUUCCACUGUGGAUGAUUUAUUUAGUUGGCACCACUCCAGGGUCUAUGCGACAGAGAGUAAGAGUCUUGUGUACUCCUGCUGAAGACCUGCCUGAUCCUAAACGCCCAAAACAGAACCUAAACACGGUUUCUUUUGAGACCUUCACAGACCUAUUGACUUUAAGAACUGUUCAUACACCCAACUCACUACCUCACAGAGACAUUGUCUGAUUGUAUUUGGCCUUCUGAUUUGUGACAAACAUUGUUAACCCAGUGUCAUUUGACUGGCGUUGUAAUGAACCAGUGCCGUAGCCACCAUAGACAGUGAGGGGGAAAAGUCCACCCCAAUAAUUAGAAAUGGCCACAUUGUCCCCUCCCCAGAAUUAGAAAUUCUUGCACUGCUCUGUUGUACUCCAUUACACAGUACUCUGUUUGUCGUUAGAAUGGCAAUUUUUAAAUUUUUUUUUUUAAUUUUUUUUAAAUUUUAGGCUUGUCUGCCUCAGCGUUCAACAGCGCUUGUCAGUGUCAAAAUGACUGAGAUGGCCAAUAAAAAUUUAAGUAGGAGAGGUUUACUGUUCACAGAAAUAGAGCGCAAAUUCCAGCAUGAAGUGCCAGUUUUAAUGUUGAAAGAGAUUGAGGUGACAUGAAAGUAGCAAUACAUUUAAUAUUUGACAUCUGUUUUAUGAUAGAAAUGUUUAAAAAAAAUGACAGUAACAUCCAGUGAAACAAACUACUAAAUCCCCCCCCCUCAAAUUUCGCCAGUUUGAAUGGAAAAUGUUGAAAAUGUUGGAAUGAUUUGUGCAAUUCCUAACAGAAUGUAAUGAGACAAGA